AAGGCCUGGAAAAGCCGGGAGUGUUCGUUCGUAACCCCUCUCGGCCUACGUCCUCGUCGCCGGAGCAGCGUCUCUCAGUCGACGUUUCCCCGUUUUCCGGCGAGGGAAAGCUCUCCUCGUCCUCGUCCUCGUCGCUCGCCUGUCCACCAGCGAGUCGCUCGCGAUCCACGCCCGAUAGAUAAGCAACCGCGACCGUCAGCGCAGACAGACGCACGUAGAUAGCAAACCACCCAUACAGGGAGAGACAGGGAGGAGCAGCGGCGGAGGGAAAAGAGGGAGAGAGAGAGAGAGAGAGAGAAAGGGAAGCGACCAGUAGAGGGUGGCAGAGGUGUUCCAACACUCCGCAGCAUCCGAGCCACGGGGAAGACGAGCGUCCAGGGGUGGUGACCUGUAACCGCGAGCCAGAUCCUCUUGUCCAUCGGGCAGGAUAUUUGUUUCGUUGUAAUUCGACAUAUUGGAAGCUCGGCGAGUUUUUUUGCACACGGUGAAUUCGAUAAAGUUGAUCGUUCGACGAGUAUACUGAUCGAGUAGGUAGAAGCUCGUUGGUUGAGCGUAUCUCUGGUGCACCUGUCGAUGCGCCUUCGUGGCAAUCGGAACGAUCGAUCCUCCCGAACGGACGCGGACUUCCGGGGAUCGUCGUUCCGUCGUUAAUUAGGGGAGCGUGCGCGAACGCGAGCAGGACGAGACGCGGCGCGACGCGACGCGGCACGUCGCGGCGCGAACGAGAAGAGCCGGCGGCUGGCUUGCGUGCGUGCCUCCUUCUAUCUGGAGCAGCACCGAUCCUCUCUCUGAUCCCCGUGACCUUGUGACACCGCGACCAGAGAGGCUCGCGUAUCGGUCGACCGCCUCGCCGCCGGGGUAGGAGGGAUGCGGAAGAACAGGCUGAAGCGUUGAGGCUACACACCCUCCGCCAGAGUCGUCCGGGUCUGCCGCGUGUUCCUGUCGUUCCUCCCGGCUUCUUUUCGCCUCGAUCCUUCUCACCCUCGCGUGCUUCCUACUCCCAUCGCCGCACAGAAUGUUACCCGAUCAAACUGGACCAAGGUGGGAACAGUUUCGAAUCGAAAAUUAAGUUCGCCAGUUACAGUGAAGGUGUUCGUUGCGGGUUCAAAGUGAGAACGAAAUUUUUAAGCUUCGUCGAGGAACACUGAACACGGUUCCAAGUGCCAAACAUUGAUAGAAACAUUGAACUCGAUCGAGGAAGUGAUCAGAGGUGGAAAGAGGAUAUUAGAAGAGAGGAAGAACCGGCGAGAAUUCGCUAAGCUCCAGGAAGCGGCUGAAAGAGGGAGCCUAGGGUAACUCGGUAUCAAAAGAUCGAAGACGUGUCGAAACCAUGAGCGAAGGCACGCCAAAGUCUCAGGGAAAAACCGUGCCUGAUGGCUCGCCAGCCCGUAUGGAAGCCGGCGAUGGCGGCGGCGCCGGAGGAGAUGCCGACUCCAUGGUGGGCGGCGGCAAUUCCGAGAAGAAGGUGGAAUACGAGACAAAUCUCUUCCUCUAUAACGAAGAGAUGGAAGUUCGGCCUCGUAUUUCCACCUUGCUCAACAGUCUAUCAGACUACAGCAACACUAUCCCAGCCGCGACUGACCCGGACAGCAAGCCGCCACCCGCCCCGGGUGGUGCACGGAUGGGCACACUGAUCGGUGUGUUCCUUCCUUGCAUCCAGAACAUCUUCGGUGUAAUCCUAUUCAUCCGUUUGACUUGGGUGGUGGGUACAGCUGGUGCUGUUCAGGGUUUCUUCAUUGUGCUCUGUUGCUGCUGUGUGACUAUGUUGACGGCUAUCAGUAUGAGCGCCAUCGCGACCAACGGCGUGGUGCCUGCCGGGGGGUCCUACUUCAUGAUAUCCAGAAGUUUGGGCCCGGAGUUCGGUGGUGCCGUGGGGAUGCUCUUUUACACGGGCACCACCUUGGCUGCCGCUAUGUACAUCAUCGGUGCCGUUGAAAUCGUCCUGACUUACAUGGCACCCUCGCUCAGUAUAUUCGGAGACUUCACCAAGGAUCCGAGUAUCAUGUACAACAAUUUCAGGGUGUACGGCACGUGUCUACUGGUGGUGAUGGGCACCAUCGUGUUCAUCGGCGUAAAAUUCGUCAACAAGUUCGCCACCGUUGCUCUCGCCUGUGUCAUAUUCUCGAUCAUUGCCGUCUACGUGGGUCUGUUUCGUAACUUCUAUGGAAACGACUCCCUUAAGAUGUGUAUUCUGGGUAAAAGAUUGCUGAAAGACAUCAACGUGUUAACGGACUGUAAUAAGAAUACCAGCGGUGUUUUGCAUCAGAUCUACUGUGGAAACAGCACCAAAUGCGACCCUUAUUACAUGGAGAAUAAUGCGACCAUUGUUAAUGGUAUUCGUGGGCUGGCCAGUGGUGUAUUCUUGGAAAACAUAUGGGACAGUUUUCAAGAGGAAGGACAACUGAUUGCUUAUGGACAGGAUCCAAAGGACAUUGACGUGAUGUCAGGGAGUACCUACAAUCAGAUCCAGGUUGAUCUUACCACCACCUUUACCAUUCUCAUCGGUAUAUUCUUCCCUUCCGUCACAGGUAUCAUGGCUGGCUCCAAUAGAUCAGGUGACCUGGCAGAUGCCCAGAAAUCCAUCCCAAUCGGUACCAUCUGCGCUAUCUUGACAACUUCAACGGUGUAUCUGUCCUGUGUUCUACUGUUCGCUGGUACAGUCGACAAUCUCUUGUUGCGAGACAAGUUUGGUCAGAGUAUCGGUGGGAAACUGGUGGUGGCGAACAUGGCAUGGCCGAAUCAGUGGGUGAUCCUGAUCGGUUCCUUCCUGUCCACCCUGGGCGCGGGUCUCCAAUCGUUAACAGGAGCUCCGCGUUUGCUUCAAGCUAUCGCCAAGGACAGUAUCAUCCCUUUCUUAGCACCAUUUGCUACCAGCUCAAGUCGUGGCGAACCUACGAGGGCUCUGGUAUUGACAGUCCUCAUCUGCCAGUGCGGUAUCCUGCUCGGCAACGUUGACUACCUGGCUCCCUUGUUGUCCAUGUUCUUCCUGAUGUGCUACGGCUUCGUUAACCUGGCCUGCGCCCUACAAACUCUCCUCAGGACACCCAACUGGCGACCCAGGUUCAAGUACUACCAUUGGAGCCUCUCGUUCCUCGGUCUGUCCCUCUGUAUCGCCAUCAUGUUCAUGACCAGUUGGUACUACGCGCUGUUAGCCAUGGGGAUGGCCAGCUGUAUUUACAAAUACAUCGAGUACCACGGAGCCGAGAAGGAAUGGGGCGACGGUAUCCGUGGUCUGGCUCUGUCAGCCGCUCGCUACUCGCUUCUGCGGCUGGAAGAAGGUCCACCCCACACAAAGAACUGGAGACCACAAAUCCUGGUCCUGGCUAAACUGACCGAUGAUCUAGUGCCCAAGUAUCGCAAGCUGUUCGCGUUCGCCAGUCAACUGAAGGCUGGCAAGGGUCUGACGAUCGCUGUCAGCUGCAUCGAAGGAGACUACAUUCAGAACACUGGCAAGACUAUAGCUGCGAAGGUGAAUCUACGCAAGACGAUCGUAGAAGAGAAGGUGAAGGGAUUCGUCGACGUACUGGUGGCUAGGGACAUCAUUGACGGUCUGAGUUCGUUGGUUCAGACCACAGGACUGGGCGGAAUGAAACCCAACACGGUGAUCCUUGGCUGGCCUUACCGCUGGAAGCAAUCGCAAGAAGGACUCGCAACAUGGAGACCAUUCCUCCAGACUGUCAGAGCAGUUGCAGCCGCUAGGAUGGCUCUGUUGGUGCCCAAAGGAAUCAACUUCUUCCCGGAUUCAACGGAGAAAGUGGUUGGAAACAUCGAUGUCUGGUGGAUCGUACACGACGGUGGUCUUCUGAUGCUGUUGCCCUUCCUACUGAAACAACAUCGCACGUGGAAGAACUGCAAGAUGAGGAUCUUCACAGUAGCCCAAAUGGAGGACAAUUCUAUUCAAAUGAAGAAGGAUCUGAAGAAGUUCUUGUAUGAUUUGAGGAUCGAGGCUGAAGUGGAAAUCGUAGAGAUGAUGGAUUCCGAUAUAUCCGCCUACACGUACGAACGGACCCUGAUGAUGGAGCAGAGGAACCAGAUGCUAAGGGAGCUGCGGUUGAACAAGAGGGAGACACUUGGAGUGGUGCAGUCAUUGGUGGACUUCAACGAGGUACCCGCUGAAGAAAAUUUACCUCUGGUGCAGGCGAUCGUGGACCAUCACCACAACGUGGACGCGAAGAUCCCGACCAAGGUGAGAUUCCAGGAGCCUGGUAGCCAGAAUCCGAAUGCGAUCGACGAGGCCCAGGAGAAAUUGGUGAAUGAAAACGAGACAGGUAAAGAGACGGAGGCUGGAGAAGGAAACGAGGCCACGGAGGAAACCAAAGAGGGUAACGACGAAGAGACAAAGCUGAUCAGCGGCUCCCCGAAACAGGAGAACAAAGAGAACACGGAAAAGGAAGAGAAGGAGAACGAGGAGAAAAAUGCAGAGAACCCAGACGCAAAGAAACCUCCCAUUACGCCUGACGAAGGCGACGUGAGACGUAUGCACACCUCCGUAAAACUGAACGAAGUGAUCGUGAAGAAGAGCAAAAACGCUCAGUUAGUCAUUCUCAAUCUACCUGGACCACCAAGGGACACUAAAAUAGAACGCGAAUCAAACUACAUGGAAUAUCUCGAGGUUCUCACCAUGGGAUUGGAAAGAGUGCUGAUGGUACGAGGAUGCGGACGGGAGGUGAUCACCAUCUACUCGUGAACUAGACCAAGAGGAAUGGAAGUAAUCACCUCGCAUAAACAGAAAUCUAGUUUACUUCUGAAAGACCUAAACGACUUCACCCUAAGGAACACGUUGCUCUUGUGCCAUUGUCUGAGCAGUCACUUGCGUUACGCGUUGUGAACACGGUAUACAAGACACACACAUUACACACGUAAACUUACAUGUACAUAGACACACACCGUUUACCAGAAUGAUUACGGACAUCGAUUGACGACGCUGUUUCGCGGACUGGGUCGACGAUCGAGAAAUGCUCGUAGGCUAGUAACUAAAGCUGACCCUCGAGAAGGCCAAAAGUGACAUGCCAAAGGAUAAGUUCCCUUCGAAUGAAUUUCACGCGUAAACUAGGAUACGUAGCAUCUAUCUUAUUUACACUCGUCCCUUUUUCUCGAAGAGACAUCCAAACAAAUUGUGGAGUUUUAUCGGUUGAUCAUCCGCGUCGGGGGUUCGGCAGACAGCCUAGCACAGAGGACUGUACACAGAGAGCAUACUUUUCGAGCUUGUCACUUCAAAUCAAGUACUCGAAGAGCCUUGGUUCGAGCGGAGCGUAUUCUCCGAUGCAGCGGCAAAGUUUCGAUCUGAGGGACGAGGAAGCGGGAUAAUCGAGAGGGUCGACAAAGAUGGAACACCGACACGUCCACCUCCCCGAAAUUAAGAAAAAAAAAAAAAAAAAAAAGAAAUUCUACUCCGAUCAUGAGAUAAUUAUACUACUGUGUACUCCACACCUCCCGUUCGAAACUGAAAUCAAAAUUUUUUGGUCCGAGGCUAAGAUCGAAGCAUCUACGAAACCACUGCCAGAAUACUUUCUAAAUGCUUCGCGUUUAACCAAAGACGCGAGAGGCUCAUUUUUCUACACGCAUUGUCGUUAUAGAGUGUAUAAUUAGGUAUGUAUAAUUCUACUGCUUAUAGGGUGAACUUAGGGUAGCCUAGGAUAGCGCGCUGAAAACAUGCGCGGCGGAAGUUGGGCGGCGAACGUUGGCAGCGCGAACGAUUUUAUGUGGACGCAGGAAUUCUCGCAGCUACUAUCACUGUGAGAUAAGAGGAUAACUAAUAUUUCCCUGUUUAAGUGCUCGUGCUACUUACGAAAACUUUCCAAGCUAAACGACGUGAUUCAUAUGAAAAGUAUGUUACUGCCAAAAUUCUUGAAACUCGUUAAUUAGAAUUUGCCCGCGGCGAAUAUACGACGGACAACUGUAAACGAAAAGAUUUCUGACUUUGGAUGUGCUAGAAAAAAAAAAGAAAAGAAAAAGAGAACAUAAUAUAGUCCUAAGAUAUAUUACUUGAAAUUACUAAUUUAUAUUAAACUACAUCGAUCUAACAUCAGGAUCUCAUAGCAAUACAAAUUCUUAAUCUACUUUAACGAAGUCGUAUUACACAAAAAUAAAAAAAAUCCCUUAAAAUUAUAAAACCGCGUCACUGCAUUGCUGAGAAACAUAGAACUACUACUAUUACUACAUACUACUACUAUGAUUACGAUUCUAACACUAAAUGUACUAAGGAAAGUAUACUAAUUCGCGUCACUGUUACAUCGAUAUAACGUGAAGGACUAGCAAUAGUAGAACUAACGUAGGUCUCGAAUUUCUUAAUGUAUUACAAAAUACUCUAUCGCGAAAGUCUUGAAAUUACUAUAAACUAUAGGUCGCAGAUUAAUUAGGUACUAGAAUGUCCAAUAUCUCGACGAGGUAAAGUGGACUUUUAACUAAUAUAAAUGCUAGCAGCGAUGCUAACAUCGGUACGCACAGAACAUCGAUAUGCAAGAAAAUCUAUCGUUCAUCGUUUUAUAUAUAUAUAUAUAUACACACAUAUAUAUGUACAACAUUCCACCAUUUAAAAAAAAAAGAAAAAAAAAGAAAAAAAAGAUUCUCUCGACAUUGCGUCCCCAUAAAGGUUCGAGCCAUAGCGUUCCUUCCAACUAGCGCCGCGAUGGCGAACGGAAGAUACACGAUGACUUAAUCGCACGCAUCUCCUUCAGGACUGAAGUUCGUUUUUUUUCCACUAUAUUUCUCAACUUCUUGCGCGUCGAAAUCUUCGUUUAGGUUCGCGUUUAUACUGUCCAAGGCCUACCGGCCCGAUUCACCGCUCUAACACGCCUCUGCGUAAAAGGGAACAGGCGCACGAUCAAUGUACUUAAAAAUGUGCACGCGCAAGCGUACCACGGCUGCCUCAACCUGUUAACCGCAUUAGCAAAGAAUCGUUUUCCCUUCUGUUAACUUCGUUACGUCCUCGACAAAUGCAAAUACAUGAAUCUGUCUUGGUCUCUAGAUAGCAUACACAGUAUUAUCCAUUGAACGUGUUGAUCGUGUUGGCCGGUUAACAGGUUGACUAAGCGUUUCACAGGAGGGAACACGGUGAACGGCGAACUAAAAUACAUACGUGAGAUUUUCGCGAGGAUCCCUUAACCGAUUCUUCAUCAAAGAAUAUAGCGUGUAGCAUUGUAAUCGGUUGCAUUUAAGUGUCGUGUGCAUGUCACGUUUCAUUCACGGCUUCGAAACUCUUCGGCCGUGGCUCAUCUCUUAGAUAGGCACUAUCUAAUACGUAUAUAUAUACAUAUAUAUAUACACAUACUUAUAUAUAUAUACAGGACGGAUAGUUUCUCUAUGUAAAGAGGGAACGUCGAGAAUCGGCGAACAGAGAAAGAAUUGGUCCUUUUUAAAGGGAAGAUUAAUCAGCUAGCACCGGGUCGCUUAAUCGUACUCGUCGAUGUACACUGUGUCUACUUAAUCGAAGCCCGCGAACGGACUACCGGAUGAAAUUUAUCGAAAAUGGAAAAGAGUCGAGCAAUCGCGAACCGGUACGUCUGUAUCCACUGGGUAAAUUGCACCCUCGUUCUUCUUCGAUUUACGGUCUUUAUUAUAUACAGGGUGAUUCGAGGAUAGGAUUUUAACUUCCAAUCUCAAAUGAUUUCAAAGUACUUAUAAAAGUGGAUGGAUAGAUUUCGAUCAUAUUAUUUAAAUUAUAAAACUUAGUUAACGUACUUAAUGCUUCGUGAAUCUUGAUCAGUGUUUCGAAACAUCCUGUAUAUAAUUAAGGUUUGUCAUCUUAAACGAGUUCGAAAUUCGGGAGUAAUUUUUAUGAAGUCUCUUUAUCUACCUCAUCGUCAGCGCACGUGAAAGAGGCGAAAUUAGAGAAAUGAUCCAGAAAGCAAUACGAAGAGAAGCGGAAGAAUCUAAGAAACCGGAUGUUAUAUGAAACCGACCUCGUACAAGCGUGCAGGGUUCGCGGGAUGCUCCCUCUGUCUCUGUCUAUCGUCCACGAUGUUGCGACAUGUACUUUCUAAUUUUAAUACGUUACUCACUUGUCGAUUACCAUAUAUUUUAUGUGUACUUGCCUAUCUGAUAGGCAUCGGCACCGCAUAGUUUAUACAAGACAUGUUGACUAUGAGAAAAGUUUAUCGCGAGAGAAAAAGUAAAAGAAAGAGCAGUAGUCGAGGAGAAGGAUAAAAAAAGAUGAGAGAAGAAAAUGAUUACAGAUAGAAUGCUAAAUGUGUUGUACAUAAAUAAAUAGUAGAAUUUAAGGAUCCAGUCAGGUAGAGAAAGAAGGGAUAAUCCUAAGGGGCAAACAAAAUAUUCAGGAACGAAAGUGGUGGAAAGAAAGUGAAGAGAAACAUCUUUUUCAUAGAUCAAACAGUAUUGCAGUGUAAUUCCGCUGCCGCUUUAAUAUUUUACUAUGUCGUGUUUACUUGAACAAAAAAAUUGCACAAUUGACCGUAUGGACACACAUACACACACGUUACGUAAGUGUAAAGGAAGAGAUAAAGAGAAAAAUUAAGAUUUUAGAGAAAAAAAAAAAAAACUGGUAUACAACUGCGAGCUUGGCAAUUGUCAUCGGGGGUUUAUUAUCGUGUGUCGUUUGCGAUCCGACCCGUUGUGAACGGGCAUUCGCGUCUGAUUUAAAUCACCUUCUUAGGCUGUGAGAUGCAAGCUAAGCCAGCAGAGAAACUUGCUCGAGACCUCAAUCAUAUGUGUCAAAUCAAGCGUCAGAUAUUAUGCGUAUUAUACAUACAUACAUACAUAACAUACUUAAAAAAAAAAAGAACCUUAUAUCUCGUUAACACCGAAUCUAGCCUUCUUAACCGGGAUCUAUGCUCGCUCAUGGCGACACCACAUAGUUUUCUUCUCCUCAAACACACGCAUACAUAAACGUACACAUAUACCUUUUAGCGUUCGAGUUACAAAGUGGGAAAGAAAUUAACAAAAAAAAAAAACCAGUAAAAAAGAAAGAAAGA